AUGAUGCUCUAUAUAUUACUUAUAAUUGGUUUAGUGAUCUAUGAAUAUCCAAUAUUUGCUUAUAGAGUUAUUCUUAAGAAUAUAACACAUGGUGAAGAUAAUUUUGCGAUUAAAAAAUCAAUUAAUAAUGAUAGACAUAUGAAAAAAUAUGAAUCUUUAUCUGAUGAUAUAAUCGAAUUAAAUAUAGGUGGUCAAAAAAUGUCUACAUUACGUUCAACAUUGACUGCUGUACCCAAUUCAAAACUAUCUUUAAUGUUUAGUAAAGAUAAUUCAAAGACAAUAUUACCUAUAGAUAAACAAGGUGCAGUUUUUUUCGAUUAUAAUCCAAUUUAUUUUAAUUAUUUACUUGAUCAAUUACGAACAAUUAAACGAAUGUCAAAAGCAUCCGGAUAUCAACUUCAAUUUUCACCACCAUUUAUAAACUCUCAUAUGAAUUUUACUCAUAUGCUUGUCGAUCUUGGACUAACACCUGAUUAUUUCUUAUCACCAAUGGAAGGUACACAUAUUAACUUAACUGUAAGCUCUCUUGCUGGUUGGCAAGAAUGUUAUCGUAGUACGUACGCUGUACCAUUCGAUUUAUCUGUAUUAACAAAAGCUUGUAAUGGUAGUCGACUUCUUGUUGCUUGUCGUCCAGUUAAUCAUAAGAAGAUGUUUACUCUAGCUGCUAUUGGAGAACGUGAAGAUAUUUUACAUCCAUGUUUACCAAAACAAUGUAAAAUAAAUACGAAAUCAAAGAAGAAAAAUAUGAAAUUAAUAUGUUCAUCACGUUAUCAAUGUAUUACUCAAGCUAAACGUGGUGUUGGAUGGUAUCAUGUAAAUAAUCAAACAUGGGGAUUUGUACGUGGAUCGUUAUCAUUUGUUGUCAAUCCAUGUGAUGCCAGUAAUUUAGAUUCGGAUUAUCGACUUUGUUGGUCGUCACAAUUAGAACGAAAACAAGGUGGUGGUGAUCGAUGUGGUAGUGCAAAGAAUUUACAAAAUUCAAAUAAAUGGGAACGUCUUAUCUAUUAUAUUAAUUAG